AGCCGGGAAUUAACCUCGGGAAGCUGACUCAGCCCUCACGUCACCCUUUUCCAAGCGCCGCUUCCAUUUUAUUCCCGAUCCCUCCCCUCCCGCGCCACUCGGGGCUGGAAUUCUCCCUCACGAACACACACGGGGGAUGAUCCUCCGGGAGCUUUUUUUUCCGUGAGGGGCCGGACUCGCUUCCCGCAUAAAAACUCCCGGAGAAACGCCGCCAUCCCCAUUCCCGGCGGGAAUCGCGCCGGGCCGAUUUCCCUGGGAGGGGAAAAAGAUGCAUUUCGGGAAUUUUCAUCCCACCCUCAGCUCGCUCGUCGCCUGCGUGGCCACCCGGGAGCUCUUCGAGCGCCAGGACGUGCGGGCCAAGUUCGAAUCCCUUUUCCGACCCUACGACCGGGAAAUCACCUUCCAGUAUUUCAAGAGCUUCAAGAGGGUCCGGAUCAACUUCAGCAACCCCCUGUCUGCAGCUGAUGCCAGGAUCCAACUGCACAAGACAGAAUUCCUGGGAAAAGAAAUCAAACUCUACUUUGCCCAGACUUUGCACAUUGGAAGCUCCCACUUGGCACCUCCGAAUCCAGACAAGCAGUUCCUGAUUUCCCCUCCUGCCUCUCCGCCCGUGGAUUGGAAACAAGUGGAAGAUGCAACUCCAGUCAUCAACUAUGACCUUUUAUAUGCAAUUUCCAAGUUAGGACCAGGAGACAAGUACGAGCUCCACGCCGCCACCGCCACCACCCCCAGCGUGGUCGUGCACGUGUGCGAGAGCGACCAGGAGAGCGACGGCGACGAGGAGGCCAAGAAACCCAAACCCAAAAUCAUCCAGACCAGGAGACCCGAUUACACCCCUGCCCAUCUCAGCUGAGCUGCUGCUGCUGCUGCUGGGUUUGGGUUUUGGUUUUUUUUUUUUUCCCACUAGGAAACUUCCAGGG